CCUUUCAUAGUAGUUCUUCAAAAUGAUUAUAUCCCCUUACAUGGUUGGAACGCUGAAGCCACGUCUCAAACUCAAACCCCUUCUUUCAGAUUCCAAACCAACACAGGUUUUGGCGUAAACUGUGUCUGCCAUUCAUCACCUAUUCAGAGGAAGAAGACAUGAGUGUUUCUCCCAAUCAAAAACAGAGAACAUGCGACUAUUGUGGGGACUUCACUGCUCUUCUAUAUUGCAGAGCCGAUUCUGCAAAGUUAUGCUUUUUCUGUGACCGCAAAGUUCACUUCCAAAACCAGCUUUUCUCCAAGCACUCGCGCACACAGCUCUGUGAUGGGUGUGGCGAUUCCCCUGCAUCGGUGCUCUGUUAUUCUGAGAACUCUGUUUUCUGCCACCACUGUGACUUCCAAACACAUAACCACCACUUGCUGUCUCACCAACACCAACGGAAACCCCUUCAGGCUUUCUCUGGCUGCCCUUCUGUCACUCAGAUGUUAAUGAUUUUGGGUCUCACUCAAAAAUCUCUGCUUUCAACUGAGGGAGCAAGUUCCCAUCACGAUUUGCACGUGUGGAAUGCUCCUUCUGUGUUUGGUCUUCAAGAUUUCAUCGCUUCCUCUUCUUACAAGGAUAUUGUUAUUGAAUCAGAAUGGUAAGGGUGCGUGCGGGAGACAGAAAGAAGAGAUUCUGAGUCAGCUUCGUGAACUAAUAAAGUUGGAGCCUGACUUGAUUCAUGGAGAAGUAGAUGCUGAACCACGACAGCUAUUUGAAAAUUUGUCUACUGGUUUUGAACGUGACAUAGAGACCAAUAUGUUUCCUUCAUACGAGGUGCAGGCAGGUGUGUUUUGUUGGCAUGGAGAAAGCAGUGACCGUGCAAAUCAAAUUGUUCCUUGUGAUACGUCAGUGAGUGAUUAUGGCGAGGUGGUUUCAGCUAAAGAUCCAAGCUUUAUUAGCAUCCCUGCAAGUCACACCUAUUGUAACAACCAAGAAGAAGCAUCAAAUUAUUUUAAGCCUGAAAACUUGUCUCCUACUACUCCUAAAGCUACUCCUUGUGAGUUAACGAGUCAUGAAAGAGAUUCAGCAUUAUUGCGUUACAGAGAGAAGAAGAAAACAAGAAGGUAUGAGAAGCACAUCAGAUACGAAUCACGAAAAGUUCGGGCAGAAAGCAGAAUGAGAAUUAAGGGUCGGUUUGUGAAAGAUGAAACACAAAAACAAUAGUAAAUUAUUAGCAGUUGCUGAUUAGAGCUAACUAUGUGCACCUAAGAAGACAAUUCUUUGGUGUUUUGUGUUUUUAAUUGCUCGUUUGUAUAAUUAUAAACUAUAAUUUGGCCCUUUUGUACGUGAUUAAAUGGAAUGAGUGGUGGCCAAUUUUGAUUGCUUCAAAGUUAGAUCUUCAAAUUUCACUUGACUUCAUGUUUUACUAAUUUUAGGGUUUGAUGUAAGGUCACAUGAAUAUGAAAUGGAAUUAAAAGAGCAGAUAAGAAUAAAA